CGCGGGAGUUGUUUGUGUGAUAUUUUUAUUAGCGAAAAUCGGAACUUGGUCUGUUGACAAUUAGGUCUAGCAAUGUCAAUUGAUCUCAGUGAAUUCGAAAAGAAUAAUGGAAAUAACUAUAUAGUCCGCUCAGAGGUUCCAGAAAUAUGCAAAUCGGAACCGUGUUGUUUUGGAAUAGAUGAAGCCGGUCGUGGACCUGUUUUAGGUCCCAUGGUGUAUGGUAUUUGUUACUGUCCAAUCUCUAAAAAUGAACAACUUGCUGAGAUGGGAUUUGCUGAUUCCAAGACAUUAAGUGAAGAACAGAGAGAAGAACUCUUUACGAAAAUCUAUGAAGCCAAUCAGGUUCUUGGAUACAAAAUGGAAGUUCUUUCACCAAAUAUAAUAUCAAAUAGUAUGUUCAGAAGAACAAAAUGCAGCUUGAAUACAGUCUCUAAAGAUUCAGCCAUUAAAUUGCUCAGACUUACAAUAGAAGAAGGUGCUAACAUCAAAGAAGUGUAUGUUGAUACUGUGGGUGAUGCCAGCAAGUAUCAGGCGUACCUGAAGGAAUUGUUCCCGGAUCUUGAAAUUACUGUUACACCCAAAGCUGAUGCUAAAUUUCCAAUCGUCAGUGCAGCGAGUAUAUGUGCUAAGGUAUGCAGAGAUCGAGCUGUGAAAUCUUGGCAAUUUCCAGAAUUUGACGAAAUCAACGAAACGCCAUAUGGAUCUGGCUAUCCUAAUGAUCCGGCAACUAAACAGUGGUUAUCAAACGUUAUGGAGCCGGUCUUUGGAUUUCCACGAUUUGUAAGAUUUAGCUGGUCUACUGCAGAUAAGAUAUUAGAGGAGAAAGCUGUGCCUGUAUAUUGGGAUGAUGAUGAGGAUGGAGACAAUGGUGCGAAAGGUACCCCUUCAGUGAUGUCAUUCUUCAGUUCAAAAGACUCUGAUCCAAGAUUGAAAAAGCAUCAUUAUUUUAAUGAUCGUCAUUUGACGCAGGUUACAGAUUUCUGAUUUCACCAGCUUGUAGUUAAAAGUCGUACCGUUAUUAAACACCCAUUCUGACGAUAUGAUGGACCUAGAACAAAGAUGAUUCAUAAUGUCUCUAACCCCAGCAUACAGGCAACACCUGUGAUGCAAGAAACAGAAAACCAGCACAUCUCACUGUUCGAUAACCCUGCCUUUUUGUAGCUACAGCUUGUAUACUAAAUUUAUGAUUACAUCCACAUAUGUCAAAAUGUCCUUAAAAAACAGAUUCAUGAGCAAACAAGAAUCAAAGAAACCUUGGAACAAACUCAAGUGUGCUGAGGGAAUUGAAGACAUGAAACAGAAAGAAAGUAUUGGAAGCUAAUUAAAAAUUUAAGGAUUGUUCUGCUGUGAGAAUCACAGAUGUGAGAGUAAUUUGAUCCACAAUACUGUACAAACAGAAAACCCUACCAAUCUCCCCUAUGUGUGCAUAGUCCUAGAUAACCAAUAAGUAUACAAUCUCAUAGCUGGACAUUUGCUAAUUUAUGUACAUUAAAGUGUCAUCAGCUGCAACUAUUGAAA